CAGGUUGAACUCUAUACAGUGUCGAUAUCAUAAUUUAUAAUCGGACUUCUCUCUCUCUCCGUCGACGGUGCAGUAAAGCAAUCCAUUCUAGCCGGAAAAAGUAAAACCUCGCCGGAAACGCAGUCGGAGUAGUUCCUCGUCGGAAGAAAAGACGCCACAAACAGUUGUAGCCAUGAGCAUGAAUGCGUUCAAGGCAUUUAAGUCCUGUGUCCCAAUUGCUUAUAGCCCCAAUCUUUAUAUAACUCUAGUGAGGGGUAUUCCGGGGACCAGGAAGCAACAUAGGCGCACUUUGGAAGCACUACGUCUCGGCAAAUGCAACCGAACUGUCAUGCGAUGGAACACACCUACUGUUAGGGGAAUGAUCCAGCAGGUUAAGAGGUUAGUUGUUGUUGAGACAGAGGAGAUGUACAAGGCCCGCAAAGAAAAGGAGGAAGCCCACCGAGCUCUUCGUCCUCCAUUGGUCAUAAACCAUCAACCUGCUUCUUCUGCUUAGGGUACCUUAUAAUGUUUGCUGAUAUGGUCUUCUCACUACUAAAAUUUUCAAAUGCCUAAGUUUGAGGCUGUGCCUCAUAUGGUUUAUUUGCUUUGAUGACCAUGUUUUAGUUUUUAAUCUAUAAUUUUGAAGUUGUUUCAACUGAUGCAACACUAGUCAAAUUUAGGUAUCUGCUUGAAAACAGGCUAUCAAUGAGUCUGGAAUAAUAAUUUAUUCUAUAAUCUAGUUGGGUUUUGUUAGACACUAUA